AUGACGGACGAGUUAACAAUUGAAGAGAAUAAAUUUUUGAAAAACCUGACGUGUCCAUAUCUGAGCGAGCUAAAAAAACGAAAGGAUGAUCGAGAAAAGAACGCUCCGUUCUUCCUAGAAGCCUUUGAUGCACAGGGAAAACCCUGGUCUAAGAAAGAGAACCAACUCGCCCAAAAGCAUUACCUAAAAGAAUGCUUUGAUUGUUUUGAACAGGUGGAUAGCUGUCUCCUCAUUGGUUUUUAUAUACUUGGUGCGAUAGGCAUAAUUUUUCGCCAACUUGUGAACGGUGAAUAA